AAGUAUUUGAUGACCUGGAGUCAAAGAUGGAAGAUUCUGGGAAACAGCUCCUUCAGUCUGUUCUCUAUCUGAUGGAAAAUGGAGCCCUAGUAUUAACUACAUAUGCAGCCGACCAGGGAAAACAGCUUGAAUCCCUUAACCUUACUGAUGAGAAAAAGGUCCUGGAGUGGGCUCAGGAGAAGCGGAAGCUAAGUGUGUUACACAUCCAUGGGGUCUAUACCAAUCCAAGUGGUAUUGUCCUCCACCCAGCUGGAUAUCAGAAUGUGCUCAGGAACACUGAAGUUAUGAGAGAGAUUCAGAAACUCUAUGAAAACAAGUCAUUUCUUUUCUUGGGAUGUGGCUGGAUGGUAGAUGACACCACUUUCCAGGCCCUGUUCCUGGAGGCUGUCAAGCACAAAUCUGACCUAGAACAUUUCAUGCUGGUUCGGAGAGGAGAUGUAGAUGAGCUCAAGAAACUUCGAGAAAACAUGCUGGACAAGGGGAUUAAGGUCAUCUCCUAUGGAAAUGACUAUGCUGAUCUUCCGGAAUAUUUCAAGUGACUGGCAUGUGAGAUCUCCACAAGAGCAGGGAUGGCAAGAGAAGGUCAGCUAAAUGGCUCAUCUGCAGUACACGGUGAAAUGAGAGGCUGUAGUACAUGAGCAAGCUGGAGAAAUCACCAUUAUACCACACUGUGGGGCCUUCCUGUGGAUGUGUUUAACAUGCAAACAUACAAGAACUCAGCACCGCUCCUAGGAAAUACCAAUACCCAGAAGUUGAAGCUUGGGGUAGCAUAGGGGUGGCAGUGUUGCACCUUCCCUUCAUGCUGGCUGUUUCUUGAUACUCUGCUGCCUGGUCCAGUUUAGUACCCAAUGACAUCAGGACCCAAUGUAGCCCCUCCCUACCCCAAGGCUGGACAUGCUUGUCUACACAGCAGACCAAUGUGAUGGCUCCUGGCUAUGGCUGCAGCUCUGCAGGACUUGGGGAGCAAGAAGUCAUGGAGUCGGUGGGCUCUUGUUGCAGUUUUGUACUCUACUUGGUUUUUUCAAUUGAGCUUAUGGCUUUUUUAAAACAUGACUUGAAGCUCUAGUUUUCUAGAUCUUUUACAGUGUACAGUAUUUUACAUAAAUGAGCUGUAUUAAAAGCCUGUUCAUUUACUUGCCAGGG